AUGAGAGAUCUGGUAACUUAUAUACAUUAUUAUUUAAGGUUAACUAGUAGAAGAAGUUCAUUAGAGAGCUAUUUUUGACAUUUUUAAUUUUCUAUUGCCCUAAUUAGUGGAUAAUUCUAUAAAAUGUUUUUUGA